UUUUUUCAAGUUCUGAGACUUUCAGACGCCAGUUUAUUGCGUUCGUAUGAGAACACUAGAAAGAUGUGCUGAUGAAAACACAAAUGACGAAACUUGUUAUCUUCGAAUACAUAAAUACAGUAGGUAAUCGUCCAUUACUAUCUUGUGAUUUCUGGAUUAUCGGCCGUGAAUUCAGCUAUUCAGGGUUGUUGAAGAGGAAGAGGGAGGUUUGAGCCAAGUCAGCAACACGCCUUUACGCACUCUUAAUGCUUCCUUAGUACGCAGAAUACUUGGCCGGACUCUAACCACUACAAUAUAGCCGUCAGUUCGUGAUGAAAACUUUUGAUUCUUAACCAUAAAUUUUAACUCGAUACCAAGUCCUCAUAUUAGAUUACAACCCUCUUUUGACCUUGAUAAAUAGUUCCAGCUACUAUCUCUAGUUGGUAUGGCCGAUUAUUGGAAAAGUAACCCAAAGAAGUAUUGCGAAUUAUGCAAAUGUUGGAUGGCUGACAACAAAAUCAGCAUCCAAAAUCAUGAGAAUGGUAUGCGACAUAAAGCUAGUGUAGCUAAAAAAGUUAAUGAAUUGACCCGUAGCAAUAAGUGUGCUGAAAUGGAAAGGAAGAAUUUAGAGGCGUGCUUACAACAAAUAAACGAUAGUGCCCACUUAAGUAUGAUGAAAGAUCUAGAAAGAGACCCAUCAUUGGCAAAACAGUAUGGAGUCGUGCUAGCAAAGUCACCAUGUGAAGGAAAAUUGAACGAAGAGUCUUCUAGUAAAACAGGGAAAUCAGUUGCUGAUAAAUCGCGUCCUGAUCCAUCCAGUUGUGCAAAUAUUUGGAAGGAAUCAAUCACCCCAGAUGGCAAACAUUAUUAUUGGAAUGUGGCUACUCGUGUUACUCAGUGGACACGGCCAGAUGGCAUUAUAGAGCCGGACCAACGACCAGUGAAAGAAGAAAAAACCAGACUAAAAGAAUUCGUCUUAAAUCGUCUUGUGGAGUUAAGCGAACAUGGAUCCAAAGGAGCCAAUGAGGCAGUACUACAAGUGUUUAAUGUACCUACAUCAGAUAUCGAGCCUAUCAUAGAAAAAAUAUCAGAUGGCACAUCCGAUAAGAAGCCGAAAAGUGUGAAUCUUCCAACACCUGUUCAAUUCCAAGGUCCACAAAUUGACUUACUUGGUCCGUGGGUUCCUUGUGAUGAUACUCCUAGGCCCAAAUUACCCAAGCUUGAUCUUCCUGAUGCCUCCAAUGAUGUUGGAAGCUUCGGAUCUCCAAAUUUAGAUGGAAAACUGGCUGUACUUGCACAGUUGGAAGCGACAACGGAAAAGUAUUACGAAAAUCCAACUCUCUUCAGUCCUAAAGACCAGGUAACUACUCAUAGUAGUUACGUAGCUGAAACCACUAAGCAAACCAAUAGUGAGGAUACUAAAGUACGACAGCCUAAUUCUAACACAACAGCUCGUAUUGUGUUCAAACGACGCCCUACGUCUAACCGAAGUAUACGUACUCCGCAAGAUGACGAGUAAACGUUCCUACUGCAGUUGUGUACAUAUUAUAUUUUUAUGGAUAAUAUAAUCAUUUUUCAGCGAAAAA